AUGGGCAUCCAACACGUGCUGGUUUUGCCACUUCCUGCUCAAGGGCAUGUAAAUCCUCUCAUGCGCUUCUCAAAAAAACUAGCUCAACAUGGCUUCAAAGUCACCUUCGUGAACACAGAUUUCAACCACAAGAGAGUGGUGAGUGCAACAAAUGAGGAGGUUGACCUUGAGGGCUCAGCAGUGAGACUAAUCUCAAUCCCAGAUGGUUUAGGUCCUGAGGAUGACAGAAAUGACUUGGCUAGUUUGAUCACGGCAAUCUUAAGAACAAUGCCUUCUGCCCUUGAGAAGGUGAUAAAGGAUAACAUGAAUGCACUUGACCAUGAUGUUGAUGGUGGUAGUGAGAAAACCACUGUCAUAGUUGUUGAUCUGAGCAUGGCAUGGGCUUUGGAAGUUGCAGAUAAGCUUGGAAUCAAAGGUGCUGUCUUCAGCCCUCAUUCAGCAGCUGUUUUUGUCCUGGAAGAGAACAUUUCAAAGCUCAUUGAACGUGGAAUCAUAAAUGGAGAUGUUGAAUCACGUUGGAACAUUAAACUCGUACAUACUUCAUCUACCUCUCACUCUGCCUGUCACUGCAGGAUUUCCAAUUUCAAAAGGGAAAUUUCAAUUAUUCCAAGGAAUGCCGGUUAUGCACACAGAUUACAUUCCAUGGUGCCUUGUAGGCUACUCAACUGA